AUGAGUCUGGUCUUGCCAAUGGCAUGCCAGAUCGCCAGAAUUAAAGGUGUGUUCACUAUUUUCCCGAAAUUGUUUACUAACCAGAUCAGUGACGGUAUUGCCAGAGUUUUCGGUUUGAACAACUGCCAAGCUGAGGAACUGGUCGAGUUCGCCUCCGGUGUCAAGGGUAUGGCUUUGAACUUGGAGCCUGGCCAAGUCGGUAUUGUGUUGUUCGGUUCCGACAGAGAAGUUAAAGAGGGUGAAAUUGUCAAGAGAACUGGUAAGAUUGUCGAUGUUCCUAUCGGACCAGGUAUGUUGGGAAGAGUUGUUGACGCUCUAGGUAACCCAAUUGAUGGUAAAGGACCAAUCGAGGCCACUGGUUACGCUAUCGCUCAAUUGAAGGCCCCAGGUAUCUUGCCAAGAAGAUCCGUGUACGAGCCAAUGCAAACCGGUUUGAAGGCUGUUGAUGCCUUGGUCCCAAUUGGAAGAGGUCAGAGAGAGUUGAUCAUUGGUGACAGACAAACUGGUAAGACUGCUGUUGCCCUUGACACCAUCUUGAACCAAAAGAGAUGGAACGAUGGCAACGACGAGUCCAAGAAACUCUACUGUGUUUACGUUGCCGUUGGUCAAAAGAGAUCCACUGUUGCUCAACUGGUUCAAGCUUUGGAGCAAAACGAUGCUAUGAAGUACUCUAUUGUGGUUGCCGCUACUGCUUCUGAGGCCGCUCCAUUGCAGUACUUGGCUCCUUUCACUGCUUGUGCCAUUGCCGAGUGGUUCAGAGACAACGGAAAGCAUGCUUUGAUUGUCUACGACGACUUGUCCAAACAAGCCGUUGCUUACCGUCAAUUGUCCUUGUUGCUGAGAAGACCUCCUGGAAGAGAGGCCUACCCAGGUGAUGUCUUCUACUUACACUCUAGAUUGUUGGAGAGAGCUGCUAAGAUGUCUGACGCUCACGGAGGUGGAUCCUUGACUGCUUUGCCAGUCAUUGAGACUCAGGGUGGUGAUGUCUCUGCUUACAUUCCUACCAACGUCAUUUCUAUUACCGACGGUCAGAUCUUCUUGGAGGCAGAAUUGUUCUACAAAGGUAUCAGACCAGCUAUUAACGUCGGUUUGUCUGUGUCCAGAGUUGGUUCCGCUGCUCAAGUUAAGGCCAUGAAGCAAGUUGCUGGUUCUUUGAAGUUGUUCUUGGCUCAAUACAGAGAAGUUGCUGCCUUUUCUCAAUUCGGUUCCGAUCUUGAUGCUUCGACCAAGCAAACCUUGUCUAGAGGUGAGAGAUUGACUCAAUUGUUGAAGCAAAAGCAAUACUCUCCACUAGCUUCUGAGGAGCAAGUGCCAGUCAUUUACGCUGGUGUCAACGGUUACUUGGAUAACAUUCCAAUCGAGAGAAUCCCAGAAUUCGAGGAGCAAUUCGUUGCUUACUUGAAGGCUAACGAGGGUGACAUCUUGGAGGCUAUCAGAACCAAGGGUGAGCUUUCUUCCGAUCUCUUGGACAAGCUUAAGUCUGCCACCGAGACUUUCGUUGCCACCUUCUAA